GUGAACACUGAGGCAAGAGCAGCUGACACAUCACAUUCACACAUUUAAUGGUGCUCCCUGCACCCAGGAUUUGGAUCAAGAACUUCCACACGAUCUCUUCAGGAGAUCAAUCAUACACCUCAAAUUUCUGUCCCCUUGUCCCCCUCCAAGGCAGCAGUCAUGAACUGGAAUUGGCUGGAGGAACUCAUCAGUGGGGUCAACAAUUACUCCACGGUGUUCGGUCGGGUUUGGCUCUCAGUGGUCUUUGUCUUUCGGGUGUUGGUGUUUGUGGUGGCGGCUCAGGGGGUGUGGAGUGACGAGAGCAAAGAUUUUAUAUGCAACACUCUUCAGCCGGGCUGCACCAACGUGUGCUACGACCACUUCUUCCCCAUCUCCCACAUCCGCCUGUGGGCCCUGCAACUCAUCUUCGUCACAUGCCCAUCACUGAUGGUUGUUGCCCAUGUCAAAUAUCGACAGAUGAAGGACUUAAAGUACACCACCACCCAUGAGGGUAAGCACCUGUAUGCCCGCCCUGGGAAGAAACGUGGAGGGCUGUGGUGGACAUACCUGGUGAGCCUGAUCUUAAAGGCAAGCUUUGACGCUGGUUUUCUCUACAUCCUUUAUCACAUCUACGAAGGGUACGGCUUACCUCGUUUGUCCAAGUGUUCCCUGGAGCCUUGCCCAAACACGGUGGACUGUUACAUAUCCCGCCCUACGGAGAAGAAGAUCUUCACUCUCUUCAUGGUCGUGUCCUCUGCUGUCUGUAUCUUGAUGUGUAUCUGUGAGAUGGUUUACUUCAUCUGCAAGAAAGUCAAGAAACUAAUCAAGAGGAAAAUAGAUGCAGACAGGAAGGCAUUUGCAGAGUCUCACGAGCUGAAGCCAUUGUCAACACCUCAUUCAAGGCACAAGUCUAGAUCAUCUUUGAGAGUGGACCCAACAGUCUCUAUCCAGAACCUGAGUAACAGCAAGACUGAGGAAGCACCAACUAUGAAAUAAGGACCAUGUUGCUCGGGCUACUCUGAAAAACUAAUUGAAUAACUUCCAGGUGCCACUGGAAGCAAAUGCAUCCUUCUGACUGCUUGCAGAACUGUUGCUCACCAGCAAAGAAAUACGCAGCGAUUUGUAAAUAAAACUUUGUUAAAUGAUAUUCUGCAUGGAAAUCGACAGCAAAAUUGCAGAUGAAAGAGGAAGCUAUUUUUUGAGUAAUGAUGCUCUAUGUGUGUAUGAUUGUGUGAUUGUACUCAUGUUUUUAUGUAGCCUGUGCAUCACUGGCCAAUAGUAAAUUGUGAUAAGCUGUUAGAUCAGGUACUUCUAAUGGAUUAAACUUUAAAAGGUUAAAGGUACUAAACUCAUCUAGAUACAGAACAGAUGGUGAACCCCUUUACCUGAAAAUACAGAUUGACCAACCAGAGCACUUUUUUGAACACAGUAAGUGGAGAUGAAGAAAAUCCCCUUUAUUCUUACACUAGAAGGAAAUUGCUUGGCUGCUGUGGUUAGCUGUUGUUGUCUCCAUAAUAACAUACUAAUGUUGUUUAUUGAGUUUAUCUCUUUUAUUGACCAAUGUGACGUAACUAACAGCACCGCAAGUAGUUUCGGUUAUUCAUAUGUCUGCUUUGGUUAGCUAAGUGUUACACCUUAAACUGUUGUUAUUCUUUAGCAACAUUUCGGUAGCAAAUAGCAGGUUACUCAGUGUUUAUUUUUUAAAUGUGGUCUUGUGUUUCAGGAAUAUGUAAAUAUUCUAGUUUUCCUCAUUUGAAUUCAUAGCAGUCAUGGUGGGUUUCAUUUGGAAAUAGAGGUAACUCAUCGUCCUUGCUCAAACACAUAAUUACGGCGUAAGUAAAUUUUAACCCUUUUUGAUGACAUCAUCAAAACACUGGAAUAAGUCUAUGUUUUCCAUGUUUAACUUUAUUUGCCUCAAAAGUAGUUAAAACAGCUAAUAAACUACCAAAAUACUUUUUGUUGUUUUGUUUUUUUGUGUUUUAGCCUUUAACAUAAAAUUGCCCACCUAUGUGUCCUAUAGGUAACUUCACAUGAACAGUCUCCUAAUUAUAAACCAAUUACAUGUUUUGCUGUGUAUUGGAAUUUCUUUUAUUUAUGUAUUUGUCACAUUGUUUUAUUUGGAUAAUGCUUUGGUGCCACUGGGUUUUUAGCAUGUCUGCCAAAUGUCUCAAUAUCUCACAACUUAUUCAUGCCAUUAAACAGUUGGGUGAGGAAGAACCCAGAGUGGGGGGGGGGGAUCACACAUGCAGUCCUUUUGAGUCCUUUGUUUUUCUUUUUGAGGAUGGGGGAGGAUUUAAGGGGAUCAGCCACUGUAAGAGGUGACAAGAGACUGUGAACUCUUUCUUUGGUGGAGACCAAAGAUGUAAAAACAGCUGUGUAUUGUCUUUUGUUCUGUAGAAAGUAUUUGCUGGGCUCGGGAGAGACUCUGCUGAUCGUUUGCCCUGUGAUGGCUGCUCUCACCAAGCUUGGUUUUGUUCUCUUCUUUAUUAGGAUGUUAGCUGCCGCUCACUGUUUGUCUGCUGGCUUUAUUAAAGGAAAACUUCCACAACAAGAUGGCGUCAUAAACAGGAUGGCCUGUGUGGUCGCUGGACAACGGUUCUAUGGACGGGCUGAUCACCCCUGAGGGAAAAAGGUACCUCUGUCCUACCGGCUGUUGAAGCGAAAGAAAAUGGAGGAGUUGCGGAACCAUGUGUUUUAGCCACCACCGAGACCAUUGACUCUGAGAGGACUCCUGCCGAUGGGUGAGCUGGAGCUAACAUAUAUACAAGUCACGAGGAGUUUUCUGUGUCUGCCUAAGAAGGGUGACCCUCGGGGCUGAGGGCCUUGAAGGAGUCUUCAUGUUGAAUCAUGGAGUGACAUCCCUAACGUUUUUCAAGGAGACUAAGGGUGGCAGUGUUCAUUCCUUGGUCCGUAGAAGUCAAGGUACCUCAUGAGAGAUGUCCUGUGCAGAAAGAGAGAAUCUAGAUUCCAGGAGCAGCUAGCGGAGCCGGAUUGGCGGCUGAGCCAAAUUAGUUGCUGGAGAGGCGGCUGAGGGCAAGCUCUACACUCGAUGACUGGAUGAGAAACUCCUGUUUGACUGUAUGAUAAGAAGUGUGGGUAAAGUAUGUUGUGAGAUGGCAGAGAAGAUAGAAGAGUUGUUGGAAAGGGUUCACUCAGCAUGAACCAGUUGAAAAGUGGAAGAGCAGUUGGGGAGAAAGGAAAAGAAAUGUUGGAAAAGUGAGUUAACAGGUUGAUGUGCGGGUGUAAAACAAUGGGGUAAAAACAAUGAAAAUGAAAAAAAAACCCAAUGAGAACAAAAAAAGGGAAAUGUGUGUGAGAGGGGAAUUGUCUCCAACUGGGGGAGAGGGUGAUGCUGUGGGCCACCAGCUUAGUGGACACAAAAGAAACAAAAUUGGAGUAUUGUUGAUGAAAAUAAGUAAUAAUAAUAUGAAGAGGGUUUGUGUUUCUCAGCGUAGAACAACUAAAAUCUCACUUUCUGGGUUUUAAGAAAGGAGAAUUCAAAAACAAAAAGGGAUAUGUGUUGUGCAAGCAGUGAAGAAAAUGAUCAAAAUGUCUGAGUGUGUCAGUUGCAGGUGGGAAACGGACCUGGAUCAAUCUCCAUGUGCAGUGGUCGGAGCAAAAUAAUAGGUUAACAUCAUUAGAAACACCCAGGCCGAGUUUUGGCUGAAUUGUUUUACAGCUUCACUUCCAUGUGUUCUUCAUCCUGAAGAGCAAGCUCCAAGGAAGCUAACCUCUCCCUGAAGACAAGAAAUGCAGUUCCAGAGCAACAGCAUGGCAGGUCAAGAGAGAACAGCAGUAACCUGAGCAGUGAGAGGUCCAGCAGAAGCAGUAUGUGCAAACAGCAUCAGCAUGGAGAAAACACCAUCAUCAUAACUGGAUGGAUGGAGAUGCAUUUCCAACAAGCUGCAACUUCUCUGUGUGUGAAUGGACCUUGGGAAGACUGUCUGAGUUUGACAUUUGCCACGUUUGGAGUAAAAUGGCAAUGGAAGAGAUAGUGGAAAAACACAGGACAAAGCUGAAGAGAACUGACUGCCACUACUGCUGAAGAGUGGGGGAGAGGACACCACAGUGGAAGGAGGAGAGGGAGGACGCAUGGAAGAAGGUUGUUUAGUGUGGGAAAUCAAAUUGGGUUAAGGAAGCUGGGGAGAAAAACCGACUGCCUUGGAGUGGAGAAUUGAGAAAGUGUCUGGAGCACCUCUUAUGGAAAAUCUUGAAUAAAACUGCAACCACCAGG